CCACUCUCCCCACUCCCCUGCUUGGCGAUACGCUCUUCGUUGCCGCCGCUGUCUCGAGCGCCACCACCACGAUCCGUUCCACCCGCGUCCAAACUCUGCUCAUAAAUCGCUUCCUCUCUCGCACACGAACGCCGGAACGCGUAGCGUAGCAGUGAGUUAAUGCCGCCUCUUUGAUCCCCGAUCUUUUCCUCCAUCGGCUCCCGUGCGGCGUUGGCUCGUCGCGCCUGGAUCUCCAUCCUUUUGCCUGCCCUCUCUUUCUCUCUGGAUUCGAUCGAAAGUCUCACGCCUUUUCGCAGCAGCCGUCUCUGUCUCUCCGAUCCAUCCCCUUUCCUUUUCUCGGACCACACUGCGCGUGUUUCUUUCCUUCCUUGGGGAUUUUCAGGCAUUCACGCGUGAAUCGCUCUCUCUCUUUCCCCACCGCCACGAGGGCCGGAUAGGAAAGGCCAGGUCCAGAAGGGGAAGGAACCCCGUGUUUUGUUUCUUUUUCUUCUCCCCAUUGCCGUUUCUCGGAGCUCCGCGCGUUUUGCAAUCCGCGCGCGCUCCUGUUUAUACCUCCUAGUUCCCUUCUAAGGUGGCUGGCUUUCUUGGGUUCUGAUUCAUUGACGAAUUGGAUCUCGGAUCUUGAAGUCGAAAUCUUGGGGCUUUUUCCUGGUCCUGGGUUCCAGAUUCCCAGUUCCAGGAAUCUUCAAUACCGUCGCAUCGAGGACGGUUGAUCAGUUGGUUCUUCCGCAAGGAGAAUCCCGAUUCAAUAAUGGCGAAGGAUUCUGCGUUGCGGGGUCCGUGGCUCUGUUGCGUGGUGGCGGCCCUGGCGGCGUCCGUGUCGCCGGCGGCGGAGGCGCUGGGGAUGAACUGGGGCACGCAGGCGACGCACCCGCUGUCGCCCAAGAUCGUGGUGCAGAUGCUCAAGGACAACGGCAUCAAGAAGGUGAAGCUGUUCGACGCCGACCAGGGCACCCUCGGCGCGCUCGCCGGCACCGACAUCGAGGUCAUGGUCGCCAUCCCCAACGUCCUGCUCGACCUCAUGACCGACUCCGACAACGCCAGGGACUGGGUCCGCCACAACGUCUCCCGCUACCACUUCGACGGCGGCGUCAACAUCAAGUAUGUGGCCGUGGGGAACGAGCCGUUCCUGGCCUCCUACAACGGCACGUUCGACAAGGUCACCUUGCCGGCGCUGAAGAACAUCCAGAACGCGCUCAACGACGCCGGCCUCAGCGACGUCAAGGCCACGGUGCCGCUCAACGCGGACGUGUACAACUCCCCCAAGGACAAGCCGGUGCCGUCGGCGGGCACCUUCCGCCCGGACAUUACGGACCUGAUGACGGAGAUGGUGGACUUCCUGGCCAAGAACGGCGCGCCCUUCACCGUCAACAUCUACCCGUACCUCAGCCUCUACCUCAGCGACGACUUCCCCGUCAACUUCGCCUUCUUCGACGGCGGCGCGGACCCUGUGGUCGACAACGGCAACUCCUACACCAACGUGUUCGACGCCAACUUCGACACGCUCGUGUCGGCGCUCAAGGCGGUCGGCCAUGGCGACCUGCCCAUCGUCAUCGGCGAGGUCGGCUGGCCCACGGACGGCGACAAGCACGCCACUUACGUCUACGCGCAGCGCUUCUACACCGGCCUGCUCAAGCGCCUCGCCGCCAACGUCGGCACGCCGCUCCGGCCCAACAAGUACAUGGAGGUGUACCUGUUCGGGCUCCUGGACGAGGACAUCAAGAGCGUGGCGCCCGGCGCGUUCGAGCGGCAUUGGGGCGUGCUCCGCUUCGAUGGCCAGCCCAAGUUCCCCAUGGACCUCACCGGGCAAGGCCAGAACACGAUGCUCGCGCCGGCCAAGGACGUCCAGUACCUCCCCAAGACGUGGUGCGUGUACAACGCCAACGCCAAGGACACCAGCAAGCUCGCCGAGAACGUCAAUUUCGCCUGCACGUUCGCCGACUGCACCGCCCUCGGCUUCGGGUCCUCGUGCGCCGGCAUGGAUGCCAUCGGCAACGCCUCCUAUGCGUUCAACAUGUACUUCCAGGUGCAGAACCAGAAGGACGAGGCCUGCGACUUCCAGGCGCUCGCUGUGCCCACGCAGACCGACCCGUCCACCGACACCUGCCACUUCCCCAUACAGAUCGCCGCCGCCUCCUCGACGUCGUCGGGACACCGGCGGCAUUCUGCCGGGUCGUUGGGCGCCGCUGCUCUACUAGUGCUGGCUCUGAUCCAGCUCUUCAUGUUGCAUUAGGGGCAGCAUGCUCUUCAGAUUCAGAGAGACUUUUAUAUGUAUUUCACAGCUGUUGAUCAUUUGUUGCAUCAUUUUUUUGGAUUAGUAGUUAGUACAGAUCUUGUGCUGGACACACAUAUACUUCAGGAUAUAUGUUGAAAUGAUAUUUCACAUGAUACUGAGUUACUGACACACACUUGAUGUGCCCAACUGCUGAUGCAAACAAGCAAUAGAGUUUGAUGACUACCGA